AUGUCCCGUCCCGAACAAAGUCUGCGCGUCAAUCCCCUCAGAACAAACGGCGACACUGUCGAAGCCGCCAUCCGUCGCUGCAUGGCCAACACCCUCGACGGUGUCACCAAAUCCACAUGUUCAAACCAGUGCCCCGAAGCGAACAUUACAGUCGAGUACCUUAUCGAAGCCGCGCCCGAAUAUCUCUGCGUCGUCCUGCAACUCGACAACUACGACGAGACUACAGGAGAGAUCAGCAAGAACAGAACCACCAUCCAGCUUCCCGACAUGCUCGAUCUGACAGAGUACAUGGACCACGAAUCCGCCGACCCUCUUCCCGUGCGCUAUCGGCUUGCUUCGGCGAUCUACCACGCUGGAGAGUCGCUCUCGUCCGGCCACUACGGCGCGGGCGUGACUUCAGGCCGCGCACGACGCGCGAGGUUCCAAAGGAAAGUCGUGCCCGACCCCGAUACCCUCCAAUUCUUCUGCAACGACGCCGAAAUCGCGGAGUGGACGCAGCCCACCGCUGUGGCUAAUAAACUCACCAUCAACCCGGUUGACUUUUCGGAUGCAAUGAAUUCGAGGAGCGUGUGGGAUCCGUAUACCUUGUGGUACGUCAGGGAGCCGCAAGAUGCGCCGGCCGCACGUGCAGGAUCUGUCGUGGCACAUGUAGCGCCGGUAGAGGAGGCAGAUACUAUUGCUGGAAGGCUGCGGGAGAGGAAGAGGAAGAGGGCGGAAAGUAGGGACGGUCUGUAG